AUGGAGUCCCCAAGCACAGCUGGCAGUAUCCUCGGCCAAGGGUCAGCGCUGGCCGCUCUGGAUGCUCUGUUCCCCGGUUUCACAUCAGUCCGCAACGCCACCUUCUUGAUGUUUCUCGCGCCGUACGUCUACGAUGCUGUCAAGGGCGUCGUCAAGACUCGACUCAUCUCGUCUGUCGAGAUCAGUGCGAGCGAUGAGAUUUACACCUAUGUCAUGCGCUGGGUUGCCGCCCACAGCCUGUCCAAGAACAACCACCGUCUUCUCGCGAGCAGCAGCAUCAACUCAGAAGAUGAUGAGGAGGAGGAUGGUGAUCCCGACUUGGCUGAGCCUGCUAGCAACAACCUCGCUGAUUUGAGGUCCAACAUCUCACUUUACAAUGCUCGACCGCUGCAUUGGACACCCGCCAUGGGUACACACUUUCUUCGUUACGGGGGCCGUUUCUUGACUUUUACCAGGUCGUUGGAGGAGAACAACACUCAACCUUUUGGUCGCCACAUCGAAAAGAUUGUCAUCUCGUGUCUUGGAACAGACGCGACAGUGCUCAAGAGGCUCAUCUACAACGCCCGGAUGGAGCACCUGCAACAGCAAAGGGGACGCACCAGCAUCUAUCGCGCAGUCAAGGUCUAUGGCGACGACCUCGCCUGGUCCAAGUACAUGUCCAAGGCAACGAGGCCCAUGUCAACAAUCGCACUCGACGAGUCCAUCAAGGAAGGCCUCAUCAAGGAUCUCCAGCGGUACCUGGAUCCCCGGACGAAGCGCUGGUACGCCACCAGGGGCAUUCCCUACCGUCGGGGGUACCUCUUCUCGGGGCCCCCUGGCACCGGCAAGACGAGUCUGACUCUUGCGGCUGCUGGGAUAAUGGGUCUGGAUAUUUACAUGAUCAGCCUGAACUCGCCGCUUCUCUCCGAGGAUACUCUGGCGACUCUGUUCCGGGAUCUGCCCCGUACUUGCCUUGUGCUGCUCGAGGACAUUGACGCGACAAACCUCACCCACAAGCGAGAGGUUAUUUCGGUCGAGUCCAAGACCCCUGCUGGGCCAAAGCGCGUUCGGGAGCGGGAGCCCGUCUCCCUCUCGGGGCUUCUCAACGUCAUCGACGGUGUUGGAGCACAGGAGGGACGAGUCCUCGUCAUGACGUCGAACCACACUGAAAACAUUGACCCAGCUCUCCUGCGCCCAGGAAGAGUUGAUUUCUCGGUUAAGUUUGGGCUGGCGACUUCUCACAUGGCCACACAGCUGUUCACGCAAAUGUACGAGGACAAGGCUGAAGAGGCGGAGGAGGAGAUGAGGAUGUCACUGAAAGAGACGGAAGACUUGAACUCUUUGGCCGUCGAGUUUGGAAAGAAGGUUCCCGAGUUGACGUUUAGCCCUGCGGCUCUUCAGGGGUUCCUGCUCACGCACCAGGAUGAUCCUCAUGGGGCUGUCGAGGCUGUCGAGGGAUGGGUAGAGGAGCGAGCUGCCCAGGAUAAAGCCGCGGCCAAGGCGAAGGAAGAAAGUAAGGCUAUUGAAGACGCACCAAAGGCCAUUGAGGAUACACCCAAGACAGAGGUGAAUGGUGAAAAGAAGGAUUAG